AUGAUCGACGUGGCAUGUCCGCCUGGCCUUGACCUCAUGAAGGCCAGCUACGAUGCGUAUCGCCUUAUCAUCGGAGCAUCGUUCGUUCAAAUGGUGCCCAAUAAACUGCAGUGGUAUUCCGGGUUGUCCGCUUUUGAGACCUACACAAGGUCGGAGAAAAUAGAGAUUGAGAGUUGUCACGAGAAAAUGAAUAGUAUCAGUGAGUAUGCAAACAAAAUGAGUCAAAAUGCCAAAUUUUAGUUUCAGAAGACCUCGAGAAACAGUUCUGGCGCCCGGACAGUCGGUACAAUCACACCUACCUUCAGGGAUACAAUAUAAUAGAAGAAGAGGGUCUCGCAACGGCAGACACCCACUUUUCGUUGUUUGUUCGCCUGCGCGCCGACUCGGACCUUUAUUACGGCAAUAAGACUGUUGGAAUGGAAGGCGAUUGGACGUUUUACAUUGAAUGGCAGCCCAGGGACCAGUUUUAUUACAUCAAGAGGAUCGAAUUCGGAUGUCCGCAAGAAGUGGAUGUGCAGAGAAACUACAGGAAUUUGAACUAUCCGCACUAUUGGAAGAUCUCCACUGGAAUCGUUUUGGAGAAAGAGCUGAAGCCUCUGGAUCCAGAACCUUACUAA